GCAUAGCACGGGUCUCAGCUACUAAGAAAUUAUAGAAUUUAUGAAUUGGGAGAAGAAAUGCGAAUGUCCGUAUAGGGCGCGAGAGGGAUUCUUUUUUGUUAACUUGACUCUCAAUGGCGGAGACCUCGGAAUCUGAAAUGCGAAUGUCUGCUCCAGAAGAAGUUAUCAAUGCCGGAGCGGCCGCAGCCAACAUGAGUGUUCCAAAUCCUACAUCGCCUUCUUCCCUGUCCGAUUCUGAUUCGGAUGAUUCUGAUUCGGAGUCGGAAGGGCAGCUAAUUCUUCAGCUGCAAAACCUAGAAGCUGAAGUUUCCAAUAACCCCUCUAACUACGACGCUCAUGUCAAAUACAUAAAAUGCCUCAGGAAGCAGGGUCACAUCGACAAGCUGCGUCAGGCGAGGGAAGCCAUGAGCGAGCUGUUCCCAUUGAGUUCUGUCAUGUGGCAGGAGUGGACUAAAGACGAGGUUUCUCUUGCUUCGUCCAGACCUGAUGCCUAUUGUGCGAUUGAGAAGCUUUAUGAGCGAGGAGUCUUCGAGUAUUUGUCUGUCUCUCUUUGGUGUGAUUACCUAAAUUUUAUUCAAGAAUAUGACCCACUGGUCCGUGAUCGUUCACCUGAUGGUAUUUCCAAAGCAAGAAAUCUAUUUGAACGUGCUGUCACUGCUGCUGGUUUGCAUGUUGUUGAAGGCAGUAAAAUUUGGGAAUCAUACAGGCAAUUUGAACAGGCCAUCUUUCAUACAAUCCCUGAGAGUGAUGUUGAGGCAAAAGAAAAGCAGGUCCAGCGCAUUCGAAGCAUAUUUCACCGUCAGUUGUCUGUUCCACUUGUUGAUCUAAGCUUAACUCUUCUCACUUACAAGGCUUGGGAGGUUGAACAAGGGAAUGUUUUUGAUGUCAACUCUACCAAAUUGGAUGGGAUUGCUUCUCAUGUUGCAACUGCAUACCAGAAGGCCUUGGAGAUGUAUAAUGCUCGUGCUCAUUUUGAAGAUCAGAUCACUAAGGAGGGUACUACUGAUUCUGACAAACUUCAACAAUUUAUGAGUUAUUUAAAAUAUGAAGAAUCUUCUGGAGAUCCAACCCGUGUUCAUAUUCUAUACGAACGUGCUAUUGCUGAGUUCCCCAUAUCAACUGAUAUUUGGCUGGAUUAUAUCCGCAAUUUGGACAGAACGCUGAAGGUAGGCAAUGUUGUAAGGGAUGUUUAUUCCAGGGCUACAAAGAACUGUCCCUGGGUGGGAGAACUUUGGGUUCGACACUUGCUUUCCUUGGAACGUGGUCAUGCAUCUGAGAAAGAUGUAUCUGCUGUCUUUGAGAAGUCCUUGCAAUGCACUUUUUCAAGCUUUGAGGAGUAUCUGGAUUUAUUUCUUACUCGAGUUGAUGGUUUAAGGAGAAGAAUUUUAGUAGAAGGUGAAAUAGAGGAUGGCCUGGAUUAUGCAUUAAUAAGGGGCACCUUUCAGCGUGCAUCGGAUUAUUUAUCCCCAAACUUGAAGAACACGGACAGUUUGCUUCGUUUACAUGCUUAUUGGGCCCGCUUGGAGCUGAACCUUGGAAAAGAUUUGACUGCAGCUCGGGGGGUCUGGGAGAGCUUGGUGAAGAUGAGUGGUUCGAUGUUGGAAGCCUGGAAAGGAUAUAUAGCAAUGGAAAUUGAAGCAGGCAAUAUCAGUGAAGCUAGAUCCAUUUAUCGGAGGUGCUACAGUAAACGAUUUAAUGGAAUGGGUUCAGAGGACAUAUGCCACUCAUGGUUACGUUUUGAGAGAGAAUAUGGUGCGCUCGAAGAUUUUGACCAUGCUGAGCGGAAGGUUACACCUCGUCUGGAUGAACUGCAGUUAUUUAGAUUACAGCAGGAGCCCAAAGCUAUUGCUGCAUCUGAUCAGAAAGGGAAUCUGCUUAAGAAACAUCCUUAUGAAAAGAGGAAGGCAAGUUCUAACACAACAGAUGAACAGCCUUUAGCAAAACGAAGGAAAAAUACUUCUCAAAACCCUAAGAAUGUGUCUGGGAAAGAUAAAACUCAAGCUCAUAACUCAGUUGAAGCAAAUGAAGUAGAAGAAUGUGACACCAAUGUUGGUAAUGCUGAUAGCACUAGUGGGCAACAAAGCAAAGAUGCUAUGCCUGAGAAAACCCCAAUAUACACAGACCAGUGCACUGCAUUUAUAUCAAACCUUAACUUUCAGGCAACUUAUGAACAUAUACGCAAUUUCUUCAGCGAUGUUGGCGGUGUUGUGGCUAUUCGAAUAUUGACUGAAAAAUAUUCUGGAAAAUCAAGGGGACUGGCAUAUGUUGAUUUCUCAGAUGAUGCACACCUUGCCGCUGCAGUAGCAAAGAACAAACAAGUUUUGCUUGGGAAAAAAUUGAGCAUAGUGCGGUCAGCUCCAAAUCAAAGGAAAAGUAAAGGAUCAUCUUUGGGACAUGGUAAAAGAGCAGGGCAUGCUAGUGACCGAAGGGAAUCUGACUCAAAAGCUGUUGAAAGAUCUGAGUAUAUUGCACCCAAGGCACCAUCCUCUGCUACAAGUCGGGGAAACAGCACAAUGCAGCUUGAAGGGAAGAACACUUUUGCGGUGCCAAGAGCCGUCAAACCCUUCGUCAAACCCCUUGGCUGGACUCAGGGUAAACCAAGAACAGAGGAAGGUGGGGAUGAUCAGCCAAAAUCGAAUGAUGAUUUCAGAAAAAUGUUCAAUAAAAGUUGAUUACCGAUAAACAAGAGUACUAGGAAUUAUGGGGGGAAUGAGUUGUGAAUACUGCAUGUGUAUGAAAGAGAAUGGCAUAUACUUCCAUGUUGGAUUUUUCUUCUCGUGUAGCUGCCUUUGUCAUGAGCUCCAGGAACAUCCAUACUAAUGGUCUUCGAAAGAUUGCCCAUUGUAGUUAUGGUCAGAACACCGUGUGUUACCUUAAAUUAAAUAGGUUUGACCUAAAGUUGUUGAUGGAGUAGCUCGUGUAGAGACUUCUAGUUAAGGCAAUAAUUAUUUAACCAUACAAGGGAUGCCUUUUUAAAUUCCUUUUCCCUAUGAUAAGUCUUGGAUUUGGAGUUGGGUGAGAUGUAAUAAAUUUGUAUUGAAAUUUGUCUAAAUUCAUCUAAAUCCAAGAUCUGCAAUGUACUUGCAAAAACUUGUAGUGCUAAAGGCUUGGUUUGGUUUGGCUUGCCAAAAAGCCCUGUAAAAUGCCUUCUCUUUUGUUUA